UUAUGCAUUGUUUGUGAGAGUUGUGACGUAUGCGUUACAGAGUGAUAGAGUUGAUGAACCGGUGAUGUGCCGGUGGCUCUAGUCCGUUAUAAACAUUGUAUCAUUCAGAUAAGGAAAUAAAGAUUACGUUCUUCAUUCUUAUCAAUUGGUGCGGUGAAACUGUGAUUGGAGGGUCAACGCGAGUGAAGAAUUAGGUUUUGUGAAAUUGGGGAUUUUACCAAAUUGAAGAAUCAGAGGAUCGGAGAUGGAGGUAGAGCAAGAUUCAUCGAUUAGAGAGCUAACAGCGGCGGAGCAAACAGCGGCUUCAGCUAUUGAGUUUUACGAUCAAUUGGCGGAGAUGACUUCGAUGGUUCAUUGUGAAGAAUCACGUUUGGAUUCAAGAAUCGCCGCUCAGGAUCAACAGUUCUUGGAAAUUAAGCGGAAGCUGGGUUUUGUGAUAAACAAUUUAUCUGGGAAAGAGACAGUGCAAGAAGUUGGAGGCACAAGUCAAAUUACCACUUCAAGAUCGCAAGAUCAAACCAAUCAGCAAAUUCUUUCUCGGAACCUUGCCGUAGUGAUAUUAGGCCUAGGAUCAGAGAAAACCUUCUCAACAAUGUGGAGAUGGCCGUGUUUGAGGGUGUGGGAAUUUAUGGUUGGAUUGCGCUUGUUGAGCGUUUCUUUCGAAUGGGUGGAUACAACGAUGCAGAGAAACUAGUCUUAGCUUCAGGGAGCUUGCAAGGAGAAGCAUUGAGCUGGUACAACUUGGAAAUUAACAAGAGACAGUUUGAAAGUUGGGUUCAGUUUAAGUCGGGAUUGAUGCUGAAAUUUGGAUCGAAGAUUAGAGGACCAAGUAUAAGUUUGUUUCGUAUCAAACAGACAGGAACAAUAGAAGAGUAUAUACAACGAUUUGAGGAUCUUUCAUCACAAGUAUCUGGGUUGGAUGAGCAGAAACUUGAAGGGAUUUUUCUCAAUGGAUUAACACGGGAAAUGCAGGAGCUUGUUCAUAUGCAGAAGCCACGUAAUUUGCCGGAGAUGAUGGCUGUAGCGAGAGAUAUGGAGUCAUGUAUAAAGAGAAAAGUUGUUAAAGAAGAGUUGAUGUUGGCCAGUAAAGAGAAUAAGGAGAUUUAUGGAUCAGAUUCUGCAGUGACUAUGCUAAACGAAUCAAGUCAAGAAGCAGGUUCACAUAAGACUGGGUCAAUAUUAGAUUCUGUGCAGAAGAUUGAGGAUUAUUCAUCUCAGGUUAAUGGGUUAGAUGAUCAGGAGUUAGAAGGGACAUUGUUGAAUGGAUUAACACAAGGGAUUAUGAAAGGGAAUGGAGAUAACAUGGUGAAAAAGAUUGAGUUGCCAAUUUUUCAUGGAUUGUAUCCAUGUAGUUGGAUAACACAGGUGGAAAGAUUAAUUCGAUUUGAUCGACAUACUGACAUAGAGAAGAUACAGUUGGUAACGCAGAAAUUAAAGGGAGAUGCUCUUAGUUGGUUCAAGAAUGUGUCUUUCAAGAAUUGGAAAGAUUUCAAGUCAAAGUUGUAUGUUCGAUUUGGGAAUUUGGCUCCAGUUACUCUGCAGCCAUUGUCAGCUCUGAAACAUGAGCCUUCCUUAGCCACAAAAUCAUUGGCAGAGACUGAUUUGCAUCAAGAACAGGAACCGCAUGAGGAAAAUGCUGCCGACUGGGCGUCAGAUGGUGUUCUCCAAUCACAAAAAGUUGAGAAUUCAGUCUUGGAGGUUCAUCGAGAUGCAUCAUUGAAUCAAUAUCAGUCACAACCUGAACUAGUUUCUGAUGCUUUACACUCUGAACCAGGGAAAGUGAGUUCAGUAUUGGAAAAUAAAGAAAAGAUGGAUAAACAGUUUAUUCACAAGAUCAUUAAGAUGGUUGGUGUUAAUGGUAAUGUUGAGAGGUUGCAGGAAGAGAGAAACAUCAUGAAAACUUGUUCUCCACUAAUACAUGCUUCUGGUUCUGUGAAAUUGAGAAUCGAUACAUCAGCUAUCCAUCAAGAAGUGAUUUUUGUGUUUAACAAUCAAGAAGCUUUGGUACAAGAGGUGAUUAUGCAGAACGAAAAGAGUGAUUAUGAAGAGUUGAUUCCGACAAUAGAAUUUUCUCAGGCCAAGAAAAAUAAUGUGUAUAGGAAAAAUGCAUUGAUCUUAAAAGAGAAAUCAAAUGACAUUCAAGAGCAUAAUGUGGACAUGGAAUCAAGUCUGAGGAUCUUGGGAAAAGUAGCAGCUAAGAGACAACAACAAAUUUGUUCCAAAUCCUGGAAAUUCAAAUACAAAGACACGCUAGAGACAAGCAAACAUAAUCCUACAAGCGCUCAGUUUUGGGAAGAAGAUACUGCAAAGCUGUGGAUAUCAACUUAUGGUACACUGCAGUCUCAUAGCCAUCAUGUGCAAAGACGUUUCUCAUUUAAGUUGUGCACACUUUAUUACUUUUCUGUGUGGCACUGUUGGAGAAUUAAGACACUAUCACAACUUGGAAUUGGGAAACAAAAGGAUGCAGUAACGUUUUGGUGGUGGUUGCUAAAAAAUAUAAGAGAGUUGCAGGUUUUGAUUGCCACAGAAUGGAUGCAGAUUUGCGAUAACGCAUACAAGGGGGAUACUUAUGCUCUGUCUUAUGUUACAUUGACAAGUGACAACUUCUAUGGGGAUGAGAACUCAAUUGUAGAUGAUGUCACAAGAAAAGUUGAGUGUCACUUCAAGAAUAAACAAAGAAAAAUGGGAAGGUAUCAACAUAGCCUCAAAGUUUUGCUGCGACAAUGGGAAGUAACUAUGGAUUUUCAGUGGUGGUUGGCAUGGUUAUUUUGUUGGAAGAACAAGGCUGAGAAUAGCCAGUCGAAUUCAUGGAUCUUAGAAAUGGAACAAGCCAGUUACAAAGUGACUGGAAACAGAGUGCAGAAGCGAGGGUCAACACAGUUUCUAUGUAGUGUUAUCCAGCACCGGAUAUGGCACAGAUGGAAUUCUAAGCAACUACACACAGUCCUAACAAGUGGGAGGGAUUUAAUUGGAAACGCUAUUACACAGGACACCUGGUCUGCUGCAACUGUAUACAAGAGAGGCUAUUAUUCAGUGUGGCAUCGCUGGAGAAAGAAGAAAUUGCAGAAGAUUAGCUUCCAACUAUAGCUGACCAGCAACUAAACUGAGACACUACGGUGCGGAGGAUCAAGGUUCGUGCAGCAGCUCUACCAUAGCAUCAGCGAUCAUCAUCAUUGGUUUUGAUCGUCACUACAUUUGCUACUGCACAGCUUGAGGACAAGCUGUUUUAAAACGGGGGAGUAUUGAUAAGCUCACUAUGUGUAUACAAGAAGGAGGAAUAGAGUGUAAGCAGAGACAUGAGGGAGCACGUGCAAGGGACUGAAGUCAUUUGUAUAUAAACUGAGAACAGUAUUGUAGUUCUAUGCAUUGUUUGUGAGAGUUGUGACGUAUGUGUUGCAGAGUGAUAGAGUUGAUGAACCGGUGAUGUGCCGGUGGCUCUAGUCCGUUAUAAACAUUGUAUCAUUCAGAUAAGGAAAUAAAGAUUACGUUCUUCAUUCUUA